GAUUGAAUCAGCUAAGUCAUUCUUGAAAUAUUAAUCACUAAUUAUUAUCAUCAGCGUUAAGUUAGUUCAAGUGUUUCAGUUUAAUUGUCGCCUUAACUAAUCAGACAAGUAAAAUGUCAUUUUCAAUUUUAGCAAAUUUCGUCAUAACAAAAUACCUUCGAUAUUAAAUUGACGCUUAAUUAUUCCACACAAAAAAAAACGGAUGCGACACCUGUUAUCGACUAAUAUUUGCUUUUUUCAAUAGCUACGUCAAUCAAAAACAGACUUUAUAGAUAUUUCGAGCAUAAGAAUUUAAUUAACGUUGACGUCUAUUUACUAGCGUUACAGUGACGUUUCUUAUAAAAACGUUGCUAAGGUUUAUCAGUUAUAGUGGAGGAUACAUCAUAAAUUGAGCACACUUUUCAAUUUGUUGGAGAAAAAAUGAAUAUAAUGAUAUUAAUGACUUUAAUUAUUGCAGCUUUAGUAAGACAUGCUGUAUCAUUUUUCUAUGCAUAUAAAUCUGAGCAAGUAUGCAUUCCCAAUCAUGAGUUCGUAUUCCAUGACAGAUAUUGUCAGUGUAACGAUGAUGGGACUAAGAUCUUGUGUGACAAACCUAUAGAUUCACCGGUAAAGUUAUUAUUUAAACCGGACCAGUUGCAAAAUUGGACACUCCCAUGCAUCCCUAAUAGAAAGUUUAAUUUACUAUGCCACGAUUGUUUAUGCGAUGAAACUGGAAAAUAUGCUACUUGUGCGCCUGGUUCUUGUACCAAUAAUCUGCUGAAACCUCCAAGUCCAAAAGUAUGCAUCCCAGGAUCUGUCUUCAGUGAUGAUUGUAAUGGUUGCAUAUGUGGUGCGGAUGGUAAAGCAGCUUGUACGAAAAUAAAUUGCCAUCUAGAUUCAAAUACGCCUCAAUGCGUACCAAAUACUUUGGAAUUUAUGUUUGAAUGUAAUAUGUGUUCGUGCUCAAAAGACAGUCGCAUAUCUUGCUAUCGUAUGGGUUGUGAUUCAUUUACAUUUCAACAUGAAAGUCUUUUAAAUAUUACAAAAAAAUGUAGAGCUAAUAGCAUUUUCAGUUAUAACUGUCACAAGUGCAUAUGCGGAAAUAGUGAAAACUACGCUAUCUGUUACGGGAAACAGUGUUCAAAUUUUAAUCAAAAGAAAGAUACAACAAACAAGUGUACACCUGGAAUGAUUUUUAAAGACUCCUGCAAUGUCUGCGUAUGCGGUAGGAAAGGCAGAGGAGUAUGUACCACAUUGAAUUGCGAUAUUAUGUAUCGCCAUGCGUAUGGCAAAUAACCAUAUGUAUUAAAUUUUUGUAAUAAAUCGACUUGACACCUGGGUGUGCGGGAAACAAGC